GCCGGGGUCCGCGCUGGGGCGCGCGGUGAGAGCUGGCGGAGGAAAAGAUGCUAGAACCAGAGGAAAAUGGAUUGAUUGACGUACCAGAUUAUGAGCAUGUAGAAGAUGAAAUUUUUCCUCCUUUCCCACCUCCAGCCUCUCCAGAGAGACAAGGUGGUGAAGGAGCUGAGCCUGAUGAAGGCUGAAGACUUGAAGACGCUAAUCAGACACAUGGAGCACUGGGCACAUAGACUAUUCCCUAAACUGCAGUUUGAGGAUUUUAUUGACAGAGUUGAAUACCUGGGAAGUAAAAAGGAAGUUCAGACCUGUUUAAAACGAAUUCGACUUGAUCUUCCUAUUUUACAUGAAGAUUUUGUUAGCAAUAAUGGUGAAGUUAUGGAAAAUAAUGAACAUGAUGUAACUGCUAGUGAAUUAGAUCCCUUUUUGACAAACUCAUCUGAAAGUGAGAUGUUUGCUUCUGAAUCAAGUAAAAGCCUAACAGAAGAGCAACAACAAAGAAUUGAGAGAAAUAAACAACUGGCCUUGGAAAGAAGGCAGGCAAAGCUGCUGAGUAAUAGUCAGUCCCUAGGAAAUGGUAAAUUUUAUGCCAGAUUUUAUGUGCUACUGUUAAUAUAUCAAGGAUAUGUUAGAAAUUUUAACUUUGUUGCUAGCCCCCAAAAUAAAAUACUUCUAGGAGUAGAAAAGUGUGAUACUAAGUUUAUGUAUAUUUUAGAGACAAUGUGUGUGUUCCUCAAAGAAUAA